GUGUAAGUUGCGCUUGCUGAGCGACAGAUUGAAAAAGAUGAUGUCGCGAUGACGCGGCUUUAAAAGCGGCGAAACAGGGUUAGGUUCUCGUUAGCAGAGAACCGUAAUUCUCGACUAACUGCGAACGUCGAGAAUUCGCAAUUCUUCAGUUGGUGGACCCACUUCGGAGCUAGGAAAACUGAUCGUCACGGUCACGUUUGCAGGAAAUGCAUAUGCACGUCAAAGCAUUGACAUCAGCAAAGCUUGGAAGUUAGCUGAGCCUGAAGGAUUCUUGAGGGACAGGCGCAUUGGAAAUUUUCAGAAAGUCCAUCCGCUGUUGUUUGGUUUCUUGGUAUAGAUUCUUUCAGAGCGGGCUUUUCUGCAGCUUGAGGGACAAUGGCGACUUCUCUGGCUCUGAAAUCGAGCGCUGCUCUGUGGUCCUUCUCCGCUGCCAGUGCGACCAAGGCCGCGCCUGCCCCGGCCCCCCAUGCCGUCCUUCCUCGCUUUGCCGGCCUCCAGGGGGGCGCCAAGCAGGUGGAGCUGGUGGCAGGAGUGUCGCGGGGCUUCUUUGAGGUGGCCGCGGCGCAGGCAGCUGGCAAGAGGCCGUGCAGCUGCGCAGUGCAGAUGGUGGCCGCCACAGCAGCGGAGCCAGCGGUGACUAGGACCUAUGACUUUGACACCAAGGUCUUCAACAAGGAGAGGAUCAACCUGGCGGGGCAUGAGGAGCACAUCGUCAGGGGAGGCAGGAGCGUGUUCCCGCUUGUCGCGGAGGCUUUCAAGGGCAUCAAGCAGAUUGGCGUGCUUGGAUGGGGAUCACAGGGCCCAGCACAAGCACAGAACCUUCGCGACACACUCGCAGAGAUCAACUCUGACAUCAAAGUCAGGAUUGGUCUGCGAAAGGGCUCCCGCUCUGUGGCUGACGCUCAGGCGAUGGGCUUCAAGGAGGAGGACGGCACGCUGGGGGACAUCAUGGACACCGUGGCCGGCAGCGACCUCCUGCUGCUGCUUAUCUCUGAUGCUGCACAGGCGAACAACUACAAGGAGAUUCUGGGGGCCAUGAAGCCGGGCUCCACCCUGGGGCUGUCGCACGGGUUCCUGCUGGGCCACCUGCAGGCGCAGGGGGACAAGUUCCGGGAUGAUAUCAACGUGGUGGCCGUGUGCCCCAAGGGAAUGGGGCCCUCCGUGAGGCGCCUGUACGAGCAGGGCAAGGAGGUGGACGGGGCCGGGAUCAAUGCCAGCUUCGCGGUGGAGCAGGACGUGACUGGCACUGCAACGGAGAUUGCGCUGGGUUGGGCGGUGGCGGUGGGGUCCCCUGUGAUCUUCCAGACGGACCUGGAGUCGGAGUACCGCAGUGACAUCUUUGGCGAGCGGGGCAUCCUGCUGGGGGCAGUGCAUGGCAUUGUGGAGGCGCUUUUCCGGCGCUACACCGCCAACGGCAUGGCGCCUGAGGAUGCUUUCAAGAACACCGUCGAGUGCAUCACCGGAAACCUGUCACAGACCAUCUCCAAGCAUGGCAUCAUCUCCGUGUAUAACUCUCUGAACGACUCUGGCAAGAAGGAGUUUGAGGCCGCCUACAGCGCCUCGUACCGGCCCGCCCAGGAGAUCCUGCUUGAGUGCUAUGAGGACGUGCAGUACGGCAACGAGAUCAGAUCGGUGGUGCUCGCGGGCAACCGCUUCUCGCCGAAGGAGGGCCUGCCCGCGUUCCCGUUCAAGACCAUUGACGACACGUACAUGUGGCAAGUAGGCAAGAAGGUGCGCGCCGAGCGCAAGGAGGGGGCCACGGGGCCACUCCACCCCUUCACCGCAGGCGUCUACUGCGCCACCAUGAUGGCCCAGAUCGAGGUGCUGGCGAAGAAGGGCCACUCGUACUCGGAGAUCUGCAACGAGUCCGUGAUCGAGGCGGUCGACAGCCUGAACCCGUUCAUGCACGCUCGGGGCGUGUCCUUCAUGGUCGACAACUGCUCCACCACCGCGCGCCUCGGAGCCAGGAAGUGGGCCCCGCGCUUCGACUACAACCUCAUGCAACAGGCGUUCCCCGCUGUGGACCGCGGCGAGCCUAUCGACCAGGGGCUGAUCGAAGCCCUGAAGUCGGACCCCGUGCACCAGGCUCUGCAGGUGACGUCAUCCCUGCGGCCGCCCGUUGACAUUGCGGUGACGGCCAACCUGUACGGCGUGCGCAAGGAGCUCAGGGAGUAGGCACUGCGCCAGUCUUUGGAACUUGUUGAUUAAAUCGCUGCGGUAUGCUUGUGGACUUGCACCUCCGGCGACAAAUAAGCAUCGUGUAUGAGUUAGUUGAGUCGCGGUUAGACUGCGACAUGGCCUGAAGAGAGCGCUGCCACACGCGCCAAGCUGUUGUGCAAAUGCAGAACAGCUGGCAUAUAGGGACACAGCUGGUGUUGCCCAUCAGUCUGGCAGGCAAGCAUAGAUUGAACUUGUUGUAGUUUACGCAUUCAACACAGUCACUGUCGACACACAGGUGGAUGAGCUUAUGGCAAACCCUGUUUCCUUCGUCCUACACUGCUAAAGGGUGUAUCUGGCCUUAUGUGGUCCCCAAAUCAGGCGAGCUUCAGUUUGACUGGGAUGCAUUUGAUGACUAUACAACACAUAGCUGCAAUGAAGAGCCUUUGUGACGGUACACACUGCACGUGGUCCAUUACUGAAAGCUGCUUGCGGCAAUGCUCACUGGUCGGAUCUCGACCAUGUCUAGCACUUACAAGGGC